AUGACAACGGACCACGGCAAGGAGUCGGAGACGGAUGUAGCUGUACAGGAUGCCGGAGGGAAAAAGACCCCGCUUCUGUUGGACAGAGGCCAGUGGGCUAGUAAACUGGAGUUUCUACUGGCCGUCGCGGGAACUUUGGUGGGGCUUGGGAACCUGUGGAGGUUUCCUUAUCUAUGCUACAAAAAUGGUGGAGGAGCUUUCCUGGUCCCCUACGUUCUCUUCCUGCUCUCCUGUGGGAUUCCCAUGUUCCUGUUGGAGACGGCUAUGGGCCAGUAUACCUCCCAAGGCUGUAUCACCUGCUGGAGAUAUUUCUGCCCUCUCUUUGAAGGCAUAGGUUACGCAACUCAGGUGGUCAUCGCCUAUGCCGCGGUGUCUUAUAUCAUUAUUCAAGCCUGGGCGUUCUUCUAUCUCUUCUCAUCCUUCAGUGCCGAGGUUCCUUGGGCCAGCUGCCGAAACACAUGGAACACAGAUUCGUGCGUUGAGUUCGACAAAAGGAAUACCUCUGAAAACUGGACGGUGCCUGAAAACGCGACCUCUCCCGCAACCGAAUUCUGGGAACGCAGAGUUUUGGGCAUCUCGCCUGGAAUCGACCAGAUUGGGAGCCUUCGCUGGGAGCUGGCCCUGUGCUUGGUGUUGGCCUGGAUCAUCUGCUACUUCUGUGUGUGGAAAGGAGUUAAGUCCACCGGCAAGGUGGUGUAUUUCACUGCUACGUUCCCCUAUGUGAUGCUGGUCGUGCUGCUGGCCCGUGGACUCAGCCUGCCCGGUGCCAUGGACGGCCUUCGGUUCUACCUCUACCCGGAUCCGGCUCGGCUAAUUGACCCCCAGGUAUGGAUGGAUGCCGGAGCACAGGUGCUUUUCUCCUUUGGCAUUUGCCAAGGCAGCCUGACAGCGCUCGGCAGCUACAACCAGUACAACAACGACUGCUACAAGGAUACCUUUGUUCUGUGUUUGGUGAAUGGUGGUUCCAGCUUCGUCGCUGGUUUUGCCAUUUUCUCUGUUCUGGGAUUCAUGUCCUAUGAACAGGGAUUACCCAUAUCAGAGGUCGCAGCAACAGGUCCGGGCUUGGCCUUCAUCGCCUAUCCUCGAGCCGUGGCCAUGAUGCCUCUUCCUCAGCUCUGGGCCGUCUGUUUCUUCAUCAUGGUCAUUCUGCUGGGAGCCGACACACAGUUUGUGAGUCUGGAAUGUCUGAUGACCUCGGUAACCGACAUGUUUCCCACCGUUUUUCGGAGGGGUUACCGACGGGAGCUGCUCCUCCUGGGCCUCUGCACCGUCUGCUUCCUCCUGGGGCUCCUCCUCGUCACAGAGGGUGGUCUGUAUUUCCUCCAGCUGUUUGACCACUAUGUGUGCAGUGGUAACAACCUCCUGCUGCUGUCUGUGUGUCAGUCCAUCGGUAUCGGUUGGAUCUAUGGUGCAGAUCGUUUAUAUGACAAUAUAGAGGACAUGAUUGGCUAUCGGCCAUGGUCGCUCAUGAAAUAUUGUUGGCUUUACAUCACCCCCGCUGUUUGCAUGGGUACCUUCCUCUUCUCCGUGUUGAAGUACAAGCCCCUCAAGUUUAAUAAGACAUACAUAUAUCCAGACUGGGCGUAUGCGCUUGGUUGGUUCCUAGGGCUGUUCUGUGUUCUCCUGGUACCUCUAUGGAUCAUUUUUCAAAUUUCUCAGUCUAAGACAACUGCCUGGCAGACCCUCAAACAGCUUUGUCGUCCCGACUCCAUUCACGCCAACAACCAUAAACAGACGGCAGAAAGAUGCCCGCUGAACCCUGACCCAGUGGUUAUCCCUCACGCAAAUGAAUACAAGGGGAGAGGUGGAGGUGAACUGGAAAUGCAAGUGUAA